UAUGUGUCAAACCGGACGUCAGUCUCUAGUCUCUUUGUCUGUGUUUGUCAGUUAAUUGUGUCAAAUCAAAGGUGUCAAAUUUAGCUAUUAAAUCCUAGUCACAUCAUCUUCAAUACUUCAAAUUGUGUUAGAAAAUUGCAUGAGUUGUUUCUCAUUAAAAUAUCGUGUCGGUAUAUUCACAGCAAGAAUUUGCAUUCGAUUUCAAUAUGACAUUGUCUUUUGAAACUUCUUCUGAUGAAUCAGAAAAUUUAACAACCACGAGUAUUGAUGAACAGACUUCUAUAGAAUCCUGCAAGAAUGGUUCCACGUCAAACACGAGGAAACGAAAAAGAAAUAAACUGAAUGAAAUGACAGUUCGUGUAGUCGGGGGAAGUUUAAACGAUAAAAUAUCUGGUUUACUUGAUUCGUUGGCCGAUUGUAAACAAGAUAUACCUAGCAUAUUGGGCCAAUUAUUUCCUAAAAACGAACCUGAGUUGCAAUACGGGUACCUUAUUCAUGAAAUAAUUCAAAAAGCUAUAGAUAUAGAAAAACCCGAAAAUUGUGUCGAGAUAUACGCGAACUUAUGCGUUCAAAUAGAAGUUCAUGUUCGAGACAAAGAAGGACCAGAAAAAUUAGAAUUUGUUAAUGUUCUAGUGGAAAAGUGUAAAGAACAUAUUGAUGAAAUUCAACGUAAAGAACAUCAAGUGAAGAUUCAGAAAAAUAAAGUUGAUGCGUUUUCCAUUCCGCAAAAAAGAUUACUGGAAGAAAUUCAAUUAGUGUUUGAAAUGCAGUAUUUGCUUGACGACAAUAAGCUGAAAAUUUAUAAGAAAUCGAUGUGCAGGUUUAUCAUAGCUCUUUGCAAAGUGGAAAUGCCCAAAUCUGAAGAUAUUGGUUUUUACUUCAUAAUGAAAUCAAAAUCACCAAUAGAAUCCUUACUAACUACCAUAGGAAAACAAAUUGCGAUAAAAUUGGUAAUAUUACCUACGUAAAAAAUGCCUCUUUUUUGUACAUUUAUUGCUAGAAUAAAAAUAUUUUUGCGCAAUUUCAACG